AUGUCCGCCAACCAGCUGCCCCUCUCGCAAGGCACGCUCGGCCACCUGCUGCCGCCGAGCUGGAAGACGCAGGUGACGGCGUGGCUCGCCGAGGACACGCCGUCGUGCGACUACGGCGGCUUCGUCGUCGGCGAGCAGCCGCGCACCGCCACGCUCUGGGGCAAGUCGGCCGGCGUCGUCGCGGGGCGUCCCUUUUUCGACGAGGUCUUUGCGCAGUGCGGCUGCGCCGUGACCUGGCACGCCGCCGAAGGCUCCGAGAUUGUCCUCAACACCAGCAGCAGCACCGCCGCCGCCGCCGCCGCCGCCGCACCCAAGCAGAAAAUCGCCACCGUGACCGGCCCCGUCCGCGGCAUCCUGCUCGGCGAGCGCGUCGCCCUCAACGCGCUCGCGCGGUGCUCGGGCAUCGCCACGCGCAGCCGGGAGCUCGUCGGCCUCGUGCGCGCCGCCGGCUACGGAGGCGUAUUGGCCGGCACGCGCAAGACGACGCCCGGGUUUCGGCUCGUCGAAAAGUACGGCAUGCUCGCCGGCGGCGCCGACGCCCACCGCAUGGACCUCAGCUCCAUGGUCAUGCUCAAGGACAACCACGUCUGGAGCCGCGGCAGCAUCACCGAGGCCGUCGUCGCCGCCCGCUCCGUCGCCGGCUUCGCCGUCAAGAUCGAGGUCGAGGUCCAGACCGAGGCCGAGGCCGACGAGGCCAUCGCCGCCGGCGCCGAUGUCGUCAUGCUAGACAACUUUACCGGCGAUGGCGUCAAGGUCGCCGCGCGCAGCCUCAAGGCGCGGUGGGCGGGCAAGAAGCACUUUUUGCUCGAGGUGUCGGGCGGCUUGACGAGGGACAACGUGGCCCCUUAUGUGUGCAAUGAUGUCGACAUCAUCUCCACCAGUUCUAUUCACCAGGGUGUCCCGCAUGUUGACUUUUCGCUCAAGAUUGAGCACUAG